AUGACGAAACUGGAAGAUCUUUCUGAAUUUGAUCAGAAAAUGUUCAACGAGGUAAUCUUUUGUUAAUUUUUUAUAUUAUAGCUGUGCUAGUUUGUUAAUAUUGUCUGUGUAGUGUGCUCAUUUAAGUUAAGUAAUCUUAUUAUUUUUAUAAUAGUAAGAAGUAUAGUUUUAGGCUCACAAUACGGCAGUAAGGGCGUUGGAAUGCAAUGAAGUGCCAGUUGGAUGUGUAUUCGUGUAUAAGGGAGAGAUUAUUGGCCGAGGUCAUAACGAUGUUAACAGGUAAUUUUUAAUAGUAUGGUUAUACUUGUUUGUUUCAGAAUGUGUAAUCCUACGUUGCACGCUGAAAUAGUGGCCGUAGAAGACGUGACACGAUGGUGCGAGAGUAACAAGAAGGACUUGAACGAGGUUAGUAAUUCUACUUUAAUAUUUAACAAAAAUAUAUUUCAAAGUACUUUAACUGUUUUACUUUUUCUUAUUUUUAAAACAUAACAUAACUGUUGCUGUGUACUUUAGGUAUUCAGCAAUUGUGACGUUUACGUAAACCUGGAGCCUUGUUGUAUGUGUUCUUCGGCGUUGUAUCAGUUAAAAGUGAAAAGAGUAAUAUUUGGAGCUCCAAAUGAGAGGUUUGGAGGAAUGGGUAGUGUAAUGUCAAACGAUGACUUCAAACAUACCUCGACCAUACGUAUCAUACCUAAUGUGGAUGUGGAAAGGCCUAUACAGUUACUACGAGACUUCUACAAACAAGAGAAUCCAUUUGCACCAGAAGAGAAGAGGAAAACGAGGAAUAAGUUGCCAGCAAGGGAAGGUGUAGAGUAA